AUGCAAACAGAAGGUGCCCUUCCACAGACUCUCUCUCUCGUCAACAGAAAGAAGAAGAAGAUGGAAGGGGCAUGGGCUAACCUUCCUGAAGAUUUGCUUGUAACAGUCUUUUCAAGAAUGGCUUUCCUUGAUCAAAUUCGAAGCCGUGCUGUUUGCAAGAACUGGAAACAGCUGACUAAAGAUAUUAAGCCUGUUGACAAGUUACCGAUGCAUAGGAAAUAUGUUGGUGCUGAAGUUUGUGAUUCUAAAGAUGGAUGGGUGCUUUUCAGAAAACAUCGAGUUGACACAACUUUCUUCUUUGCACACUCUCCUUUUUCUAAUGAGAUCGUUGAACUUCCCAAUAACUUGGGCAGGGAUUUCAGAAAGGGCAAGGCUACCUUUUCCUCAAGUCCCACAUCUCCAGAUUGUGUGUUCUUCGCCGCGAAACAUCCUCAUAUCAGCAUAUGUCGUCGUGGAGAUCAGGUUUGGACGGAAAUUAAUACUAGUUCAAUAGACCGAUUUUACGAGGCAAGGGAUUUGGCUUUUCUGAAUGGAAAUUUUUACUGUCUUUUGCGUGGAGGAGCUUUGAUAUCUUGGAAGGUUGCUAGGCAAAGAUGGCAUCGUUAUGACACUAAGAAGGCCCCUUGUUUUCACACUGGGAAGGAUUGCUUGAUCGAAUCUGAUGGGCAACUACUAAGACUGAAGUAUGCAAGAAACGAUGAUAAAUAUUGGUGCCAGCUCUCAAGAUUUGACUUCUCUCAAGAAAACUGGGUGGAGGAAGAAAGUUUGGGGGAUCGAGCUGUUUUUGUUAAUUCAAGAUCGUUCUCUUUCUUGAUUCCAGCAGGAGGAGAAGCUAGCGAGCUAAGAGAGACGUUUAAUCUUUAA